CAGAGCUCUGGUGCGAAACGGCAUGUGAUCGUGCGAAACACACACACACACACACACACACACUCUCUCUCUCUCUCUCAUACACUCCCUCACUCAUACACUGCACACGCGCAUAUACCCCGUUCGCCUUCUCUUUCUCAACGCCAAAGCUCAACAAUAGGUACCGAUAGCCUGGUCUGUCGUUCAUGGAUCACUUCCACUUAUAACACCACCUCCGUACUUUGCAUCCGCGCGCCUAUAGAAACUGAAUGUGCCCGCCGUGCCCAUGUCUUCCCCCAACAAGUCCAAUUCCCCUUCAGCGGCGGCGGAUGCCGAGGCGCCAGAAGAGAAGCCGCGCCUGACCGAGGCGGAGAAGAAGCAGAAUCACAUCGCGUCUGGUACGUCAAUAUUUCUCUCUAAGAAGCUUUCUGCACAUUCUACGUGCACACGCUUGGAACAACUUCGUCAUUUGGCGCGGAACUGGCUAAUACGACAUGAAUCUGCUACAGAGCAGAAGCGACGCCAGGCCAUCCGCGAGGGCUUCGACCGCCUGACGGAGCUCGUCCCCGGCCUCGAAGGCCAGGGCCGUUCCGAGGGUCUCGUCUUGAAAAAGACGGUGGAGUUCAUGAAGGAGCAGCUCAGGCAGCGUCAGGAGUUGGUCGAGCGCAUUGAGAGUUCCGGCGGCGAGGUUGACGAGAAGUACAAGCGGUGAGUUGUGAGCCCCCAGUAUGAGACUACCUAUGCUCAGCUACUGACGACCAUUUGUAGACCGUUAUUCCAUCAGCAGGCG